AUGGCGAUUUUUACCCACUUGUUGCUUGUUUGGUCUUUGGUGCCCCUGGUACUGAGCUACCCUUUCUACCCACCGACAUGCUACACCAAGGUGCUGAGCAUGGCAGCAGAGCUCACCCACUGGGCUGCAGACCUGAAGAGGGACCCUGAAACUACUUACUGCAUGGCACACAUGCCAUUUCUCUACCUUGAUGUCCAUAAUGCUUGUGUGAUGUACAAAAUGAGGACCUACAUCUCCCUGGUGGAAGGCCUGCGAGACCGCCGCUGUGCUUACACUAGAGAUGUGAGGAAGUUUGGUUCCACUCUGAGACAGCUCUUCAUCAUCAUGUCCGAGAAAUGUCACGGGGACUUGGUGUUCACGAUCUUUGACUGUGCUGCACUGGAGCGCUAA